UCACCAGCACCAGCACCAUCACCACCAUCACCUCCCGCUCCUCCUCCGCGCCGGGGCGCGCGCCCCACGCCCGGAGCCCCGACCCGCGCCCCACAAAUAACCCUCAGCCGGCAUGCCGGAGGAAGCAAAACAAGAGCAGCGGUAUUUUUAGGGUCGUUAAUUUCGACCACGUGGGCCGAAGGUAAACCGGAUGGCCGUGGCGCAGAGGCUCCUCGUCAGCAUGUCCAGCGGGGCCGGCACGCGGCCCUGGACGCUGACGGCGGCAGUGCUGGUGGGCGUCCUGCUGGGGGUCGUGUCCGCGCACCCCCCCGCCAGCGGCCGGACCAACGCCACUUCUCUGGAGAAGCGAUGGGAGACCCUGUUCUCGCGCUCCGUGCUGGGGGUGUCCGGGCAGAGGCCGGAGCUGAGCUGGGAGAGGGACUAUCUGCUGGGCAUCCGCAGGGUCCGGCGGCUCUACUGCAACGUGGGCAUCGGGUUCCACCUCCAGGUCCUCCCGGGCGGCGGGAUAAGCGGUGCACAUAACGAAAACCAGUACAGUCUGAUCGAGAUCUCCACGGUGGAGAGGGGGGUGGUGAGCCUGUACGGGGUGAAGAGCGAGCUGUUCGUGGCCAUGAACAGCCGCGGGAGGCUGUACGGAACGACAGCCUUCCGAGACGAGUGCAAGUUCAAGGAGAGCUUGCUCCCCAACAACUACAACGCCUACGAGUCUCUGCUCUACAGAGGCUCCUACAUAGCACUGAGCAAGCACGGCCGUGUGAAGAGGGGCAACAAGGCCACCACCGCCAUGACUGUCACGCACUUCCUGCCCCGAAUAUGAGGAGGGGAAAAAAACAAAGAGAAGAAACUGGCAAUAACUAACUUAUUUGCACACGUGGAUUAUUUCCCAGGUAACGGGCGUCCCGCACAGUGGGAAACUGCAGAGGAAAGAAACAGCUAUAUCUGAUAGUAUUUAUUCACACUUUAUAUGUAUAUUUGGGUAGCUUACUUUGUAUUAGGAGUUCUAGAAAUGCCAUUCUGUGCUGCUGUUAUGAUUUUCAUGAUUUUGUGAUAUGAAGGGGGGGGGGACAGGCGCCGCCUGGCCCUCCUUUUUCUGGGUGUCUGGUCGGGUCCCCGGCAGUGGCUGACAGUUAGUCUAUUUGGAAAUGAAAUGGACACGUUAUUACCUCAAAGAACCCCUUUCCUGAGGAGAAAGUGUAGCAAAAAGAAAAACGCGCGCAUGCAUUUUGCCGAACAAAAAUAGAGGAAAAGAAGAAAACAAAUUAAUGGCUGUCUGCUGUAGCCUGUGCUGUUGUCCUCCAUUUUUAACCUGGACGUUUUUUUAAAUGUAAAACGGCCGGGAACGUUUCUGCCACUGUCGGGGGAGCCGGCUGUGGGUUUUCUUGCUUCGUCAUGAGGUGGCAGUGCCUUGAAUUCUGUCUUACGCCCCCCCCCCCCCCUUUCGCCCCCUUGCAUGCGUGGGACGCGGCGCUCCGGUCAGAAGUAGUGCGACACCAGCGGGCGGCCCAGUGGCCGGAGGCUUCCAGGUUUCUCCUCUUCUCUGGAAACAGAAUAGAGCUGUUUCAAGAAUUGGUGGAGCCUGCUGUUAGCGGCCGGGUCUUGAACGCGUCACGCUGCGGUGAACAUGUGACUGAAUGUACGGAUUUAGCCUGGAAAGUUCUGUUCAGGCAGCUGGAGGUGAAGUCCUCUAGAAGACGUUUGGCCUCUGAUCCAAGAGCUCUGAGAGAGGGGUUCAGAAAACC